CCCGGCCGGGUGAUCGGCCAACCCCCAUCGCCCCCUGCCCCUGCCUGCUCUCUCUCUCUCUCAUCUCAUUUCUCCCUGCCAGCUCUGUGCUCAUCACUGCGUGUUUCCCAUCUGAUCCUCGAGCCUCCCAGCAGUGUGGUACAGGUUGCAGAAAGAGGAAGCAGAUCGAGAUGGCUGGAGGCGGCGACCACAACUCCGCCCAGACGAACGGCGGAGGUCACGACCAGAGGGCCAUGGAGGAGGGCAGGAAGGAGGCGGAGUACGCUGACCACCAGGGCUGCGCCGCCAUGGUCGUCUCCGUCCCAUUCAUCCAGAAGAUCAUCGCGGAGAUCUUCGGGACCUACUUCCUGAUGUUCGCGGGGUGCGGCGCGGUGACGAUCAACGCGAGCAAGAACGGGCAGAUCACGUUCCCGGGCGUGGCCAUCGUGUGGGGCCUGGCCGUGAUGGUGAUGGUGUACGCCGUCGGCCACAUCUCCGGCGCGCACUUCAACCCGGCCGUCACCUUCGCCUUCGCCACCAGCGGGCGGUUCCCGUGGCGGCAGCUCCCCGCGUACGUGCUGGCGCAGAUGCUGGGCGCCGUGCUCGCCUCCGGCACGCUGCGCCUCAUGUUCGGCGGCCGCCACGAGCACUUCCCCGGCACGCUCCCCACGGGCUCCGACGUCCAGUCGCUCGUCAUCGAGAUCAUCACCACGUUUUACCUCAUGUUCGUCAUCUCCGGCGUCGCAACAGACAACAGAGCGAUCGGGGAGCUGGCAGGGCUGGCCGUGGGCGCAACCAUCCUGCUUAACGUGCUCAUUGCCGGGCCCGUCUCUGGCGCGUCGAUGAACCCGGCCCGGAGCGUGGGCCCGGCGCUGGUGAGCGGGGAGUACCGGUCCAUCUGGGUGUACGUGGUGGGCCCGCUGGUGGGGGCCGUGGCCGGGGCGUGGGCCUACAACCUGAUCCGCUUCACCAACAAGCCCCUCCGCGAGAUCACCAAGAGCACCUCCUUCCUCAAGAGCAUGAGCACCAACAGGAUGAACUCCGCCGCCGCCUGAGGCGAGCACCACCACCGUGGCCAUGGCCGGCCGGCGUGUCCUGCUGCCUCCUCCUGUGGAAGGGCUACUACUGCUAGUAAUUUAGCCUACUACACCUAUUCACCUGUGUGUCUGUCUGUGUGUGUGAGUAUAUAUACAAUUCCUGCGUGUGUGUGGAUGGAUGGAAAACAGAUGGAAAAGGGUACCUAGCUACGACGUACUGUGGUUUGUUGGAGCAUUCAUGUCGAUGUGGCACGUACAAGCAUGCAUGCAUGCGAGGGAAGAGGACGACCGUGUCUUCGAUUCCGGGCAACUCUAUAGCUGGGUUAACUAUAGUUGGUCUACCCCGUGAAUGUGCUUAAUUAUAAGCAAUUGCUGCAUUGUCAUGUACUACGCCGCCUAUUUUGUUAACUCAAUUAAUGUGUUGCUGAAAGAUAUGCAUGUGCAUCCUUGUGCUUAGCC